UGGGAGAAGACGCUGCUCCCAGUUUAAAGAAUCUUGAAUUCCCUUUAUCCUGACACACAGAUUAUACAGUGACAGAUCUAGGAUAGAUGAUAGAUAAUUUGUCUUUUGGACGCAGGGUCUCAUUGUGUAGCUCCUGUUGUCCUGGAAUUCACUAUGUAAACCAGGGUGGCUCUGAACUCACAGAGGUCCACUGGCCUCUGCCUCCUCCCAAGUGCUGUGAUUAAAGGCAUGUGCCAUCAAGCCCAUUGAGAGUAUAUAGUUUUAGUGUUGUAGUUCAACCAUCUAAAUAUAAUUAAAUGAAAUGUUUAUGCUCAGAACAGGUCUACAGUAUUGUUUUAAUUCAAUGAUAAUACGGGUUUUUUUCAUGGUAUUUUAAAUUUUUACCUUUAAUCUAUUUUAAAAUAUUUAUUAUUAGGACAUAGUCUCACUAGCUAAGGCUGACUUGAAAUUGCUGGAUAGCCCAUAUUGGCCUCAAACUCCUGAUCCUGCCUUCAUCUGACAUACAAAGAGUGGCUUUAUAGAAGUGUACCACACUACUAAGGGAUUUCCUUUCUAAUGACAAAGCAACUCAUGGAUAUAAUCUAGUAAUGAAGGAAGAAAGUUGUGAAAAAAAGGGCUGUUUAAUGUUAAGAAAGCAAGUUUGGUCCUUUUAAGGUUUAUUAAGUAGAAAAUUAGUUUUAAAACAUGUAAAAUUUUAGAAUUCUCAAGACUUACAUCUGUCUAAAAUUAGUUCCAUGAUUCUAAAGAAAUUAUCUAUGAUGGUUGUUAAAAGUACAUGAAAACACGGAAAUGUGCAAAUUCUCCUUAACGCAGCUAAAUUACUUUCUUUUGUAAAUAUCUUAAAAUUAAUACUUUUUUUGUUUUUUAAUGUUUAGAAAUCUUUGGAGCUUAAGAGUGCUAUGGAGCUUGUCCAAGUAUGCUGCUGAAGAAUAUGAUGGCUGAAAACAACUUUAAAAUGCUGAAGAUUCAGCAGUGUGUAGCCAACAAGCUACCUAGGAACCGGCCUUAUAUUUGUAAUAUUUGCUUCAAGCAUUUUGAAACACCAUCAAAAUUAGCGAGACAUUAUCUUAUUCAUACUGGUCAAAAGCCAUUUGAAUGCGAUGUAUGUCAUAAAAACUUUAGACAAUUAGUUCAUCUGGAGAGGCACCAGUUAACUCACAAUCUGCCUUUUAGUUGUAGUAUUUGCCAACGCCACUUUAAAAAUCUGAAGACAUUUGUGAAACAUCAACAGCUUCACAAUGAAUCUUACCAGAAUGAUGUUAAAGUCAGAAGAUUGCUUGAGACCAAGCAGGAGAAGGCUGUAUGUGGCAUGUAUAAUACUUUCUCUGCAGAGGAGAGACCGGCCCUGCACCCAUGCUCUAAGUCAGAUCCCACGUACAGCACCACAAAGAGAAGAAAGAAUAUUCAUGCAUGUACAAUCUGUGGCAAGAUGUUUCCAUCACAAUCAAAGCUUGAUAGGCAUGCACUUAUUCACACUGGGCAGAGGCCUUUUAAAUGUGUCCUGUGCAGUAAAUCUUUCCGACAGUCAACUCACUUAAAAAUCCACCAACUCACACAUUCAGAAGAAAGACCUUUUCAAUGUUGUUUUUGUCAAAAAGGAUUUAAGAUUCAAAGCAAACUUCUGAAGCAUAAACAGAUCCACACCAGGAAUAAGACUUUUCAGAAUCUUUCUUUAAAAGUAAAAAGUCCUGAAUCAUGUCCCCUACCCAAUAAAUUAAAUGCAAAGCAGGAUGCUUUUGAAAGUGGUGAUGUGGGUGAAUCUGAGGAGAAUAAUCCUCUUGAUGCCCACUCUAUUUAUAUCGUCCCUUUUCAGUGUUCUGAGUGUGAAGAGUGCUUUGAGUCAGAGCAGAUUCUCAGUGGACACCAGUGUCUUCCCGCCAGAGGUGGCAGAAUUCCAAGUAGGCUCAAAAGAAGCUGUAACUAUAAGACCAUUGUUAAAAAGCUUUUGGCUAAACUUAAACGUGCUGGGGGUAAAAAAUCAGAUAACCUCCAGUCAGAGAAAAGAACAUUUAAAAGCAACUGCUUGAAAAAUUGCGAACGUCCUUCCGCCAAGCAGAACAUGGAACAAACUCAGAGAUCAUUUGUGAGUUCACUUGGCAGACAUGGAUCAUACAAGACGGGUAGCAAAAAGAAGAAGAAACUUCUGACUUUGCCAUUUUCUUGGCAAAAGCAAUUCCAGAGCCAAACUAUGGGCAAAAGUUUGCAAGAUGUGUUUACGACAGGAAGCAUAUUAGCUAUGGACGGUUCGGUGACUAAUAAAGACUUGUCAGUCUAUGGCUCAUCAGGUGAGGAGUACUUUAACAAGCAUGACAUGCUUCCGUGCGGGUUUUCAGACUCAAGUGAAAAUGUGCACACUGGACAUAAAAUGUGCCCCUGUGACAAAUGUGAGAAAGUGUUUCCUUCUAUCUCUAAACUACAAAGGCACUAUUUAAUUCAUACCGGGCAGAGGCCUUUUGGCUGUAAUGUUUGUGGGAAGUCUUUCAGACAGUCAGCUCACUUAAAAAGGCAUAAGCUAACUCAUAUUGAAAAGAUUCCCUAUAGUUCUUUUUGGCAAGUGGACUUCGGAAAUGUGAACAAGUGUUUCAUCCAUCCAAGCGAUGAUGCUGGCUAUAGUGCUUCCCAGCAGUGUGUGGGGCUUAGUCUCCAGAAGCACGAGAGGUCAGAGUCCAGUCAGGUAUCAGGAGUUGAAGUCAAGGCAGAAGCAGAGGAUCUUGUGCUCGGUACCCACUGUCGGAGCAGCCAGUCUUACCUCGCUAACACGCUCUUGGAGUCAGAGCAGAGCCAUCAUUGUUACAAUUACUUAGGCCGUCCUGAGAGAAGUGACGGGCUUCUUUAUCAGUGCAGUGUUUGCUGUAAAAAUUUCCGAUCUCCAUCCAAACUAGAAAGACACUAUUUAAUUCACGCAGGGCAGAAACCAUUUGAGUGCUCAGUCUGUGGUAAAACAUUCAGACAAGCACCUCACUGGAAAAGACAUCAGCUCACUCACUUUAAAGAACGGCCACGAGAGAGGGUGGUUCUAGAUUCAGCUACAUAACACAAAACCACUAGUCUGUUUGUGACCCCUGAGAUAUAAUG